AUGCUAGACAGGGCCAACGAGGAACAGAUACAGCAGGUCGAGGCCGCACUGGCGAAGCUGGGCAUCCCCGCCAUGGUGUAUAAUAUCGGGGACCCGCUGUCCGUCGCGACGACGUAUGCGCAGCUCGCCGGAGAGCUACACUCUUACGGGGUGGCCCUGUCGGCUGUGGGCAUACACAAGAAGUGGUUCGUCCUGAUUGAGGACGCCAUCUUUUUUCCGAGCCUGCCGUAUUUGAAUGAGAAGCUGGGUGCGUAUGAUGCGCAGGACAGUGUGUACAUUGGCGUCCCGAGCGAGCGAGAGGACUGGACGGCCCGCGACGGCAAGCUCUCGACCAACGGCGGCGGCGUCGUUAUUCUAUCAUGCGGUGGUCUCGUCCAUUACCUGUCCCUUUCGUGUGCCGAAAAGGACGCUUCGAGCGGAGGGCGGCUCGUUGCGCGGCAAUGGACGUCCAUCCUCCACGGGUGCAUGAUGACGCGCGGCGAGCUUCCCAUGCAUGUCAUCCCGGGCCUGUACGUGCCCGCAGCGGACGAUACAACCUUGUCCUUGCGCCACGGCUCCGAUGAUGACGACCUCGAAGCCGGCGUGCGGCCGCUCGCGCUGCGCAACCACCGCGGCCACGCGCGGAACGCCGACAUUGCCCGCGCCUACCUCGUCGCCGACGUGUGCGGUGAGGCGUGUUUUGCGCAGCGGUUCCUAUUCCGCGACGGCUGGGUCCUUGUCAACGGUGUGUCCAUCAGCCGCUACCAGCACACGCCCACGGUGCAGUCCGCCGCCGCCGACAACCGAACCGAGCGGCGCGCGCUCGCGGCGCAGCUGCAGCUGCAGGAGGCUGAUCGUGGUGAUGCCGCUGGUGGUAGGCUACUUCUCGCGGGCGGCGGCACGCGCAAGGUAUGGAGGCUCCUGGACUCGGUUGUGGAUGAUGACGGCGCCGUGUGGCAGGCGUAUCUGAGGAGGGAUGAGCGUAAGAAUCGAGCAGCGGGGGCGCAGGAGAAAGAGGUACAGGAGGAAGGAUUGCUGGAGGAAGGGGUGCAAAAGGAGGAGAGUGAGCCGCAGGACUCGGUCAUUAUCCUGAUCUGGACUGACGGCGAGCGCGGUUGA